UCAAAAGUCAAUUCUUUAACGAUGACGUGUGACAACUGAUAAAUCUUUGAUUUUGUUGUGCAGUUCAUAUUUUAUAAAAAAUAGUAUUUAAUAUUGGAAAAUGAAUAUCUUAUUUUGUAUAACUUUGGGGGUAGUCGUUCUUUUCGAUAAUACAUAUGGUGAAUUUUCAACAGAAGAUUGCGCAUCUCUUGGAUUUAUCAAAGCUAACCUGUUGUGUUCUUCUUGCGAUCAACUAAAAGAUUUUAGUCUUGAACAGUUAUAUGAACAUUGCAAAGAAUGCUGUCAUGAUGAUGAGAAAGCUUUAAAGGAGAAGAAAUACGCUCGAGCAAUACUUGAAGUUUGUACUUGCAAAUUCCCCGCCUAUCCCCAAAUUCAAGCUUUCGUAAAAAGUGACCGCCCGGCAAAAUUCCCAAAUCUACAAAUAAAAUACGUACGCGGGCUAGAUCCAGUUAUUAAAUUACUCGACAAAGACGGUAUUACGAAGGAUACAGUUGCUAUUGAAAAAUGGAACACAGAUUCAGUUGAAGAAUUUUUAAAUACCCAUUUGGAAAAAGAGGUAGAAGACGAUCGUCAUUACUUGAAAACGAAUGAAAUAUAAGAUAACGUAAAAUAUAAGUAAGUAAAACUUAAAAAAAAUGUUUUAUUUGUUAAAACUGCCUGUACCAUAUUAUACAACAUGUUAAGAUCUGAUCUUAUGUUGAUAUAUACAACUGAACAAUUUUGCACUACACUACCAAUAUAUAUAAUAUACAUACCAAGUUUUAA